UCGGUGCUUGCUUGUGUGUGUGAGACUACGGCAUUCCUCCGUUUAUAAGCUUUCGCCCUAGGGUUUCGACCUAGCUCCUUCCAUCCAUCACUCUGCUUCAUAUCUCCCUGAGGUCUGGCUCUUUCCCCCAAAAAGCACAAGUAGGCUUCUUGCAUACUUCCCUGAGCGCGUUUCUUGCUUGCGCUGAGCACGUAUUUAUACCGAGUCCGUCACAGGCGUCGAUACUCCCACAUUCGUGUUAACGCGAUGGACUGCUGUGCUGCCAGAUCCAUCUUCCUCCAUAGCGGCUCACCCAUGAUUCCCUGCUCGUCGCUGUCGUCGCGCCAAUGCCGAAUCCCAAGCGGUAACGUCGCGCCAUCUGCCAAAACCCCCGUGAGCCAUCUCGGCUGGGGAUGUUCCCAAGACCACCACCCAUCCGCCUCUCGACCCACCGCAGCACCCACCAAGUUUCUUGAACCCGAACGUCUGACCGAGCGUCCCAGAUCUUCCCAAGCUGCCCGCUUCGCUGUUGACUCGCCGUGCUCUCCAAUGAGCGUCCUCGACAAGGACGACGGCAGCAUGACGUGGAACGAGCCGUUUUUCCUAGCAGAGGCUUCUGCGGGCCUCGUGGAGUGCAACAACAGAGGGUGCAGACCCGUCUUCAGAAAGCAGUGGGCUCCUGAGGUGACUGACUCAGGUAGAAGCGGCGCGGAUGGCCAUGCGCUGGGUUCUUGCUUGGCAUUGGAUGGCGCGGAGAUCGAGGGUAGGGCUACUGCAUUUCGGCAACGGCAGGAGAUGAGUGCUCAGAGCAGCAAGGGAAGGCCGAGUUUGCCGACGGAGUUCGCGGAAUUCGUGAACGAGGUGUGGGUGGAGACGGUAACAGCGGAGAAGUACUUUCGCGACGCCAUGCGAAGAUCGCCGUACGACGUGCGACUGUUGACGAGCUUCGCGCAGUUUUCGUGGCAACGACUGCAUAACAAGUCCCAGGCGGAGGACCUGUUUCAGAAGGCGUUGAGCGAAUCGCCCGACAACUCCGAUGCUCUCGCGAGCUAUGCUCUCUUUCUCUGGGAAAGCGAAAGCGAGAGCGAGGGGGAGAAUUGACGGACCUCAAACUAAGUGUCGCCAAAUCGGCGCGCGUUAAUAUUCAUUACAAUGCAUCGCCUGUUAGGAGAGUGCGGUGCGCCUAGUGAGGUUUUUAGGCCGAGGCAUUGUGCAGCCAUUGGUUUGCUCCUGAGAGCACGUGCCUCGGAAAUGUCAAUCACAAGUGUUCAAAUGCCUUGGCUAAUGCGGUCUAUACUGGUAUUAUCUCCAACUCUUCUCAGUAGAGAUCAGGUUGGUGUAUGCAUGGUACUACAACAUUGAAUCGGUAG